UCCACAAGGAGCAACUUGUGUCUAAAUCAUUGAAUUUAGAAAACGUCAUGAAGCCUGUGAUGGAAAUCAUCAACUACAUCCGCACACAUGCGCUUAACCACAGGCAAUUCAGGAAUCUCAUCGCUGAGUUGGACCAAGGGCUUCCAGGUGACCUGCCACUGCACUGCGCUGUGAGGCGGCUGUCAAGAAGCAAGGUACUCUUUCGCUUUUUUGAGCUUUUUGAUGCAGUGAAAUUGUUCAUGGAAGAGAAGGACAAGGACUAUCCCGAGCUCUUGGACCUUGAGUGGAUUAUGGAUCUGGCAUUUUUAGUUGACAUGCUGUGUCACUUCGACAGACUGAACCUGACCUUCCCGGCAGAAGCAUGAGGAGCAUCCCCCUUCGCCAUAAAUCGUUUUCUCUGAAUUGUGUCCUGAAUCCUGCGUCUUCUCAUCAUGGCGGCUGCCGGUCGGCUCCUUCCUGCCGUUACACUGGCGUGGGCUCUUGCUUUGCCGACCAUUGUGUCGUCUCGCAGAGAUGUGCUCCAGCUCGGGGACGCAGACUUUGAUUACCUAGCAACCGAGCACGACACGAUGCUUGUCAAAUUCUACGCUCCAUGGUGCGGUCACUGUAAGAAAUUAGCUCCAGAAUUUGACAAAGCAGCGACCAAGCUAAAGGGGACUGUCCAAUUAGCAAAGGUGGACUGUACAGCUCAUGUUGACACAUGUACUCGUUUUGGCGUGACUGGGUAUCCAACACUGAAGAUCUUCAGGAAUGGGAGAGACUCUGCCUCCUAUGACGGUCCUCGCUCUGCAGAGGGGAUCUAUCAUUACAUGAAGAAGCAGACAGGUCCGGACUCGGUCACCGUGUUGACUGAAGAAGACCUGCAGACCUUCGUCAAUCACUACGAUGCUUCAAUCGUAGGUGUGUUCUCGGGUGAAGAAAGUUCUCGUAUGUCUGAGUUCCUAAAAGCUGCAGGACUUCUGAGGGAUCAGUUUCGAUUUGCCCACACCACCCAAAUGAACCUCUCUUCACCAUAUGGACUCCACUCAGAAGGUGUGAUGUUGUUCAGACCUCCCAGAUUGUCCAGUCAGUUUGAGGACAGCGUUGUAAUUUUUCAAGAUUUUCUGACCAUCUCAUCUCUGAGACGCUUCAUCAGAGAUCACAUAUUUGGACUUUGUCCACACAUGACUUUGGAGAACAAAGAUCGUUUGCGGGUUCGUGACCUCCUAACAGCGUAUUUCCAGCUUGACUACAAACACAACCUGAGAGGUUCCAACUACUGGAGGAACCGAGUGAUGAAGGUGGUGUCCAAGUAUGUGGGGCGGGGCCUGACCUUCUCAGUGGCCAACAAGAAAGAUUUCCAGUCUGAGCUGGAGGAGGACUUUGGCCUGGGGACUUCAGAGAGUGGAGAUCUGCCGCUUGUCACCAUCCGGACCAAAGUGGGUCACAAGUACACCAUGAGGGAGGAGUUCACGAGGGACGGUCAGUCUCUGGACAGGUUUAUCAACGAUUACUUCACAAACCGACUGAAGCGUUAUAUCAAGUCCGAGUCAGUCCCAGAAAGGCAUAGUGGUGCUGUUCAGGUGGUGGUAGCUGAGUUGUUUGACGCCAUCGUUAACGACCCUACCAAAGAUGUCUUCAUCCAGUUCUAUUCUCCAUCCUGUCCACACUGCAAGAAACUCCAACCUGUUUAUACCCAGCUGGCCCAGAUGUUGUCUACAGAUCCUACCGUCGUCAUCGCCAAGAUGAACGCCAUUGCUAACGAUGUCCCCCCCGGAUAUGACGUGCAGGGCUACCCCACCUUCUACUUGGCCGCCGCUGGCAGCAAGGACCAGCCCGUUCGAUAUGAGGGGGGACGAGAACUUGGAGACUUCCUGCGUUUCCUGCGGCGGGAGGCCAAUCACAGCGCAUCCAAGCAGGAACUCUGAUCAUGUGUGUCACAUGGCUUUGAAAGACACCAUUCUUAUCGAUGUAUUUAUUUAUUCAUUCACGGUGUAUUUAUUUGUCAUGUAUUGUUGAGGCAGUCCCGCUGCACAAUUAAAUAAUUUCUGGGUGCUAAAA